UCUAAGCACAACAAUACAAGCUUCAUCACCUCUCAAAAACCUCUCAAUCUCUAGGGUUUUUCCUGUCUGCAACCAAAUAUCUUUAGCUCACAUUCUCUCUCUCUUUCACCGUUACUCUCCGCCGUGAGCUUUCGUAGUCGUAAACAAUGAGGAUCAAGACUAUAUCGAGAUCGGUUGAUGAGUUCACUCGAGAAAGAAGUCAGGACCUUCAGAGGGUGUUUCACAACUUCGACCCGAGUCUCCGACCCAUGGAGAAGGCGGUUGAGUAUCAGAGGGCACUUACAGCUGCCAAACUUGAGAAGAUAUUUGCAAGGCCGUUCGUAGGAGCAAUGGAUGGGCAUCGCGAUGGAAUCUCGUGUAUGGCUAAGAACCCUAAUUACUUGAAGGGUAUCUUCUCCGCUUCUAUGGAUGGAGAUAUUCGCCUUUGGGAUAUCGCUACGAGGCGUACGGUUUGCCAGUUUCCUGGUCAUCUAGGUGCUGUGCGUGGUCUUACAGUAUCAACCGAUGGCAAUGUUUUGGUUUCUUGCGGAACUGAUUGCAAUGUUCGUUUGUGGAGUGUUCCUCGUCCUUCGCUUGAAGACUCUGACCUCUCAUCUGAAAAAUCUACUGAGCCAUCUGCGGUCUAUACCUGCAAGAAUGCGUUAUUGGCUGUUGAUCAUCAGUUUGAAGGAGAUCUUUUUGCUACAGCCGGAGCUCAACUUGAUAUAUGGAAUCAUAAUAGGUCUCAGCCAGUCCAGAGUUUCACGUCUGGAAGUCACUCUGUAAUAUCUGUCCGGUUUAAUCCUGGAGAGCCUGAUAUAUUGGCGACAUCUUCUGGCGAUAACCACAUAUCCAUUUAUGAUAUCCGCAUGUCUUCUGCAGCGAGGAAAAUUCUCAUGAGGACCAAAACAAAUUCAAUUGCAUGGAACCCUAUGGAGCCUAUGAACUUCACAGCUGCAAAUGAAGAUGGCAAUUGCUAUAGCUUUGAUGGUAGAAAGAAUGAAGAAGCAAAGUGCGUGCAUAAAGAUCAUGUUUCUGCUGUGAUGGAUAUUGAUUUUUCACCAACUGGUCGUGAAUUCGUUACCGGUUCGUAUGAUCGAUCCGUGAGAAUCUUCCCAUACAAUGGAGGACACAGCAGGGAAAUAUACCAUACGAAGAGGAUGCAGAGAGUAUUCUGUGUCAAGUAUAGCAGUGAUGCUACCUAUGUUAUAUCGGGCAGUGAUGACACUAAUCUCAGGCUGUGGAAGGCCAAAGCAUCAGAGCAACUAGGAGUUAUUCUUCCAAGGGAGCAGAAGAAGCAUGAGUACAAUGAGGCGGUGAAGAAUCGGUACAAGCAUCUUCCUGAGAUCAAGCGUAUUGUCAGACACAGGCACUUGCCGAAACCUAUAUACAAAGCAAAAGCGGAAAGCAGAGCCAUGAACGAUGCGAAGAGAAGGAAAGAUGACCGUAGGAAAGCUCAUAGUGCCCCAGGAACAGUUGUCACUGAAUCUCAUCGGACAAGAAGGAUCAUCAAAGAAGUGGAGUGAAUCUAGUUUUCUAUCUCGUUUUGUUCUUGUUUCCUUUGUUGGUAUUGAAACAUGAGGGCUUGUGAUAGGAACGUGGAACAUUUUUGCUGUGUUGUAAGACUCUCUAUGCUAUUAUAAGUUACGCCCAUUUCAGGUUCAUA